AUGUAUAUAUCACCACCAGAAUUCGCUGGCGCCUUUGAUCAAAUUCGCAAAACCUCGUUAUCCCAUACAACAUGUCGAGUGGUCAUUUUUGUAUCUUGCUUAGAUGUCGAUGCUCUUUGUAGCGCCAGAAUUAUAUCUAAUGUUCUGAAGACCGAGAUGAUACCACAUAAAAUAGUACCCGUUGUCGGCUAUAGUGAAUUGAAGAAGAUGUUCAAAGAUCUGGAUGACUCGAUUAUAAAUGCCAUUUGUAUAGGUUGUGGAGCCACGGUAGACCUAGAAGAAUAUUUCGAGUUGACCGAUGAAGAAGGAAAUCAUACUAGCAAUGUUCAGAAGAUAUAUGUCAUUGAUAGUCACAGACCAUGGAAUCUAGAGAACUUGUUUGCGUCUGAAAACAUUGUUUGUUUUGAUGAUGGUAAAGUCGCUGAGGAAUUGAUAGAACACAAAGUUGCUUAUGACUUCCUUAGUCAAGACGAUGAAGACAAUGGCAAUGAUUACGAUGAAUAUGACGACGGGAAUGAAGAUGAUAAUGAUGGCACCAUUGAAGAACAACCCUCGGGCCUAGAAGCGGCAGAAGUGGGACAAGAUAAGUACGAGUUAGGUGGGGAUACAGAUAAUGAUGAUUCGGACAAUGAUGAGACCCAGCAGGAUAGUGAUAGUGAUACGCCUGUUAAUCAUUCCCUCAAUGGAGAAGAUGAGAAUGACAACGUAACAGAAACAUCUAUUAAGGCGGCUAAAGCAAAGAUUCGCGAGGCGAGGAGAAAGUAUACCAGGCUUCUAGAAGAGUAUUAUACCCAGGGGUCAUUUGUAAAUUCAUCUUCUACUGUUCAAGUAUAUACAUUGCUUUCUUUAACGGGACGAACAUCUGCUAUGAACCUGUGGCUAGCAGUGGUAGGAAUAACAUCAUUGGAUGCUCAACACCCGCACCUUUACAAUUCGCUGUAUCCAUUGCUGAGGGACGAGGUAGUAAGGUUAUGUCCACCUGCGCCCAACGAUGAGUUUGUUUCCGCUGCUGAUAAUAUGUCACUAUACAUUGAAACUGAUUAUGCAUUAUUUUUACUACGGCAUUGGUCACUGUACGAAAGUAUGACACAUUCCUCAUACCUGUCUGCCAAGCUUCAUUUGUGGACAGAUGACGGUCGUAAGAAGCUACACAAAUUAUUGGCCAAGAUGGGUAUUUCGUUACAGGAAUCGAAAGAACUUUGGACACAUAUGCAUAUUCCCUUGAAACGAUCUCUCAAAGAGAAGCUUACAUCCGUUGCUGGUAUUUAUGGUAUCGAAGAGGUCAUCCGCCAGGGGGUGGUAAGACGAUAUGGAUAUAAGGGGUCUGUCUCAGCAGGCGAUUGUGUGGAAUCAUUAAUAGCAUUAUUAGAAGCAGGAUCGGGAGACCUGCUAAUACAUCGGAACAGCCAGUUCCUACACCCAAAAGCUUUAGAGGACGAUGAUAAAGAUGAUGACGUACUAGAGAGAGAGAUGGAGACUGCAAGAGCCGACAAGGAGCGAUUCUGGGUGUCCAAUUUUUGGGCAGGUUGGGACGCCUUAGGAGACCUUGAUAUUUUGACAUUGGGUAUAAAUAAAGCCAAAGUUCUUCAACAGGCAAUUGUGCUGGCGAGUACAAUGUUAUUUGAGAAAAGACAAAUUAAGGAUUUAAGAUCAUUCCGUUUGGCGGUUAUAAGGGAAGGUCCAGACUUGGAAUUGUUUGCCAAUCCAUUAGCAUUGGCCAGACUUGGUGCCUGGAUUGCCGAAGGUUGUGCUGAAGUGCACCCACAACCACUUCCACUUGUGGUUGCAUCAUAUAACCCGGUCCGGUCCAUUUAUCUAGUUCUUGGAAUGGGACCCAGAAAAUCGAGAGAUGCAGAUCAGUCGGCGUUUUCCGCAGAGUCUACAUCUUCAACUAUUUAUAACAGGUUCGGUGCAGCAUUCCAAAACAUAGCAAACCGUAUCAAUGCGCGGAUACGGAUUGAUGCUUUUGAGUCUUCCAUCAUUGAAGUUUCUAAGGAUGAUCUUUCUCGUUUCCUCGAAGAACUGACACUGAGCGGAUUAAAAUAA